CGGCCAGUUCGGGGGCCCAAAGUCUGUUUCCAUCGCGAGGGAAGGCCUCGGAUCGCGCUCGUCUCGUCAGCGUCCGGUCAGUCCGUGUUUUCCCGCGUUUCUUUCGUCACGUCGCGAUUUUUCACCCCGAAAUUGGUCGUCGUAAACUGCUCGCGCGAGUGUACACGUGAUCCAAAGGAUAUCAGAGAGACACUCACGGUGGAACUUGUUCAAUACGUUUCAAAGGAUCCAGAAACGAUCGUUGUGUUUACCAGUGUGCCAAGUGUCAUGGGGAUCUAGGAACGCCGGCGAGGAAUCGAGACGCAUGAGAGUCGAUACCGGGUGAUCGUGAUCACCUGAGGGCCCAGCAGUUUUCGGCGAGGCAUAUCACGAGAUGGCGGACGAUGGUAUAGAUAAUCCGGCGUUCGCCAACGAGGAUGAUCGCGCGACCGAUUUGAAACAGGACAAUGACCAACAUCAAGUGACCUUGGAUCAGGAUCACAAGACGGAGGACGGUCCUGUGGAGAAUGGGCAUCAUCGGACGCAAUUCGUGUCGCAGCAAUACGUGGAGGCCGGAAGGACCAGCCCUGAUCCACAUUACAGAACCGAGACAAAGAUCGAGCUGCCCGACAGCAACGACAAGACCGUCGUCGAGCCGAAAAUGAACGGCGUUCAUGGGAAUGGAAAUAACAAUGACGCUAGUUUCUUGAAUAACAGCGCGACCAGCGUGCAGAUCAAUGACACUGGAAAAAAGGAGCAAAUCGAAGCAGUAAACUUGGAACUGGUCUCGAUGAGGCCUUACGCGGGCAACAAUCUACAGACGAAGGGUCAAGAAGCUUGCGAGGUACCAGCUGAUCCCUACGAGGAGUACUUCGUUCCAGUGAACGAGCAUCGAAAGUACAUCAGAGGCGAGAAACUUUAUGUAACGAAGGACAAGAGAUCGAGAAGUUCGUAUUGGAGAAGGAUGGCUUGCUGGGGAUGUGGACUGAUGGUUCUAUUGGUAGCGGUCAUCAUUGCCAUUUUGGCCGGAACUGGAGUAAUCCUAACGCAAGAAGUCUCAGAACCCUUGGAAAAUCUCCAGCAAACCAAUUCCCGGCAAUUUGGUGACGUACGAACUGCAGGAAGUCAAGAGUACGUGAAAGAUCCGCCAUCGAGUCCACCACCUGCGACUUCAAGCUUCCCACCCUGGCCAACUACCGAUGAAACCAUUUACAACACCGUUCCAAGUGCUUUAGACGGUGUAUUAAAGCUAGACGACUUCCACUGGGACAAUGAUUUCAGCAAUCCAAAGUCGAGAGUGUACAGACAAGUCAGCUCAGAGAUAGAGGAAUAUUUGAAGAAUAUGUUACAACAACCCCCAAACAAUACAAUAGUCAUCAAGGUAUACGACAUAAACAGGGAUGGUGAAGUGAGGUUUAGGAUAAGCUACCCGCCACGUUCAAUGCCCGAAGAAAUGCAACAGCUGAUCGAGCAAACGUUACAGAAGAGUGACAACAUAAUUGGACAAUAUCAUUUGAAUAGUUUAAGAGUGAAUAAAUUGGUUGAUCAGUGUCAGAGUGGAAAUCUUCAGUGUUCAGAAAGGUGCGAAUACGAUUACUCUAAAGCUCUGUUUGUUUGCUCCUGUGGAGUUGGAAAGAUAUUGGACAGUGAUCAAAAGAACUGCAUUGAUGAAAAUGAUUUGAGCAAUGUAGAAAUGGAUGAUGAGAUACCGGAAUCUAAUACGGAAGUGGUGCAUGAUUAUGUUCAAGGAAGGAGUAGAGGCCCUGGUACUGUAUUUGAACCUAGAAGGCCUGAUGAUUGGGAUCAUUUGGACUUUAGUACCGAGUCAACGCAUAAUAGACAUGCCUCGCCGCAAGGUAAUGAACAUGAGUUUCAUGUACAACCACAUGAUUCUUCGUCAGGACCAGAGCCUACACAGAUGACUACGACGGAACAGAAUCGUGAGUUUAAUGGGGAAUCUGAUCCAAUAAACUGGAUGCAUGAUCAUUCAGCACAUGGUCACUCGACUCCUGACCAUUCAACGCAUGAUCACUCAAAUCAUGAUCAUUCAGUACAUGAGCAAUCGGAAUACGAUUAUUCUACUCAUGAUCAUUCAGCACAUGACCACUCGAUGCAUGACCAAUCAGAAGAUGACCAUUCGAUGCGCGAAUAUUCGAGUCAGAACCCUACUGAAUCAAAAAUUGAACCAGAAUCUAGUUUUAAACCGGAACCUUCUGUGGAACCAGAACCUUCUUCUAAGCCUGAAGCUUCGACAGAACCUUCUUCUAAGCCUGAAGCUUCGACAGAACCUGAACCUUCUGCGGAACCAGAACCAUCUGUGGAACCGGAACCUUCUGCGGAACCAGAACCUUCUGCGGAACCAGAACCAUCUGUGGAACCGGAACCUUCUGCGGAACCCGAACCUUCUGCGGAACCGGAACCUUCUGCGGAACCGGAACCUUCUGCGGAACCCGAACCUUCUGUGGAACCCGAACCUUCUGCGGAACCGGAACCUUCUGCGGAACCAGAACCUUCUGCGGAACCAGAACCAUCUCCGGAAUCAGAACCUUCUGCGGAACCAGAACCUUCUGUGGAACCAGAACCAUCUACGGAAGCAGGACCAUCUGCUGAGUCUGAACCUUCUGCGGAAUCAAAACCAUCUCCGGAAUCUGAACCUUCUGCGGAACCAAAACCAUCUCCGGAAUCUGAACCUUCUACGGAACCAGAACCAUCUGCUGAGUCUGAAUCUUCUGCGGAACUAAAGCCAUCUGCUGAGCCUGAACCUUCUGCCGAGCUAAGGCCAAAUGUUGAACCCGAAUUUUCUGUUGAGCCAGAGCCUUCCACAGAACCAGAACCAUCUGCAGAGCCAGAGCCUUCUGUACAGCCAGAGUCUACCUCUCAACCAGAAUCUCCUGCAGAGGCAGAGCCUUCUUCUCAAUCAGGAUCUCCUGCAGAAACACAGCCCUCUUCUCAACCAGAACCUUCUGCAACACCAAAGUUUUCUUCUGAAUCAGAGUCUUCCACGGAGCCAAUGCCUUCUCAACCAGAGUCUCCCGCAGAAGCAGAACUUCCUUCUCAAUCAGAGCCUCCUACAGAGCCAGAACCUGCUGCGGAGCCAGAGUCCUCUUCUCAACCAGAACCUUCUGCAGAACCAGAGCCCUCUUCUCAACCAGAGCCUGCUGCAGAGCCAGAGCCCUCUUCUCAACCAGAACCUUCUGCAGAACCAGAGCCCUCUUCUCAACCAGAACUUUCUGCAGAACCAGUUCUUUCUUCUGAAACAGAAUCUCCUGCGGUGCCAGAAUCUACUUCUCAACCAGAACCUCCCACUAAACCAAAGUCUCCAACUAAUUUAGAAGUAAACAAUAUCGAAUCUCCUAACACAGAAACUAUGGCCAAUAUCGAACCAGAGUCUUCUACUGAAUCCAAACCUUCAAUUGAAGUGGAAUCUUCUCUUAAACACCAGCCAUCAGCUGAAGCAGAAUCUUCAACUGAAGUAACGCCAAUUGCUGAACCAAACCCUACUAAUGACUCAGAAUCUUCAACAAAAUCUGUAGUAACUGAACAUCCUGAAUUAUCUUCUCAGUUAGACUUUACUGCCAGACCUGAAAAACUUGGAACUGAAACUGCUAUAGAACAUGAAUUACCAAUUUCAUCAACCACAGAACCCGAAUUUCCCAUCGAUGAAGAGUCUCAUCAAAAUAUACCUGCUGUUAUAGAACAUUCUACCGAAAUGCAAAACACAAUGGGACCAAUAGAGUCCGCAGAAGAAACUUCUGGUAAAACAGAAUCCUCUACUGAAUCUACGACUACGAAUAAAAUGUCUGUUGAAACAAUUACCGAGUCAACUAACACUGAAUUACCUAGUAUGACGAAGGAAGCAGAAUCUCCAGUUGAAUUUGCGACUACAAUAUCUAUGACUGAGAAAGAAAUGGUAAAUACUUUUACAUCUAACGCUCCUAUAAAUAUAGGGUCAGAAACUACAAUAUCAAUGAUGCCUGAAGAAACCACAUUGCCAAGUAAUGAGAAAUCUGUCGAUGAAAUAGCAAGUAACGAUACACCCUUACCAGUGAUACCUUUGAUGCCUAAUACCGAAGAGGCUGUAAUGUCAAAUCAUUCCGAGGAUCAUUUCGAAUCAACUGUUACGACAAUGGAUACUGCAAUGGUGAAGGAUGAUAGUAAAGAUAAAACAACAACAAUGACCUCUAUUAAGAUGGAUAUAGAAGAAACAGAGAAGGUUGAACACGGCACUGAGACCAACAUGUCACAGGAUGAAGCAACUGAAGCUACUACAAUGAAUAUAAGUAAGGAGGAGUCUGAAAUUAUGAACUCUUCGUCCGAAUCUAAUUCUGUUUCUCUGUCUAGCACACAGUCCUCAGUUUCUGCGGAAUUCACUCUAAAACCUGAAACGACUCCUCUUGUAGUAGAUAACAAAUCAGAAAACGUCACUGAAAUAAAUACCAUCGUAGAGAACAGUAGUACAGAAGCAAGUAACGAAGUACCUAAAUCAAUAUCAUCUGGCGAAUCUUCAGUUGUGCCAGAAUCAUUUAUGCAUGAAACCAACGAAACUAACAUUAUUGAGCACAUGCCAACGACUGUCUUUCCUAAAUUACCAAAAAAUUUUGGUCACAAUGUAGAACCAUUGUUAGAACCUCUUAAAAACAAUACAGGAGAGGAACACAUUAUGUUAAUUCCAAAAACUGAAUAUACAGCAGAAAUACAUGAUCCUCAUGCGAUCAUUCCUCAACUAAUUCCUGAACAAAGCGUCCAAUCUUCUAAUACAUCCUCAAGCGGUGUUCCUGAAGGUUCAAUCGUAGAAAAUAAAAUUCAAUCUUCUACAGAAGCUAUUCAAACAGUUCUACACCGUUCCACGAUUCAUCCUGAACAGAAUGUAGUUUCCUCGGGUGAUUCCCUUCGUUAUGACGACAAUUUAGAUCAUUCGACCAAUCAUCCUCUCCAUCCAGCAAUGUUCCCUGAAAACGCAAUUGAACAAACUACAGAGAAAUUUGAUCCAGCUUAUGAUAAACACGUAGACGAUAUGUCUCCCUUCUUGCCAGAUAUUCAAAAGGAAAAAGAAGUGAAGAAAGCUCCCAGCUUGGAUAAAGAUGAGCAGGAUGUACCCAAUCCUUUCGAAGGACACGUUGAAGAUGUUGUUACUUACAAAUCCACGGAACAAAGUAUGAAUGAAACUAACGCGAAGGAUUCUCUGAAUGAUGUUCACGUAGAAACACAUGAUGUCAAAAUACCCGAAGAACAGGAAGAGGAAAAGAAUAAUGUGAAAAAUGUGAUGACUGGAAAUGAAGUGGGUCGUGGUUUCAAGAGUGAUGGCUUGGACGUUGUUGAAAUUAAUAACACGGACUCUGGAAUUCAAAAUGGGCUACAAAAUUAUGAUAUUAUCAAGCCAACUAAGGAUGAAGAGUAUGCUAUAAAUGAGAAGGAGAGUAGAGAAAGUUCCAAGGAAGAUGAAGAGGCGUUAAGAGUAAUACCAUUGGAAGAACAGCUCAAGGAAACUGAAGCCACUGCGAAUAAUGCAGAUAAGAAUAAAUCAGGAACCACAACAGAAUCUAACGUAGUUACCACUAUUCCAACGGAAGAAAAUGAAAAACAAUCAAAAGAUUCUAUGAAUAAUGUUACUGCUUCUGAGAAACCUGAAGAAAACGCUGUAGAAGAUCAAUACAACGAUAUAAACGACGAUACUUUGUCCAAAGGGUAUCAACAGGAUGAAUCAGAGAUACGAGAGAAAGUUCAGGAUGGAUCUGAUAAAUUAACAGCAAAUGAUGACGAGAAAUCAUCCAGGGUGACAGAUAUACCUUACACAAACGAUAACAUGAAUGUUACAACGAAUGAUACUGAAAGUGUUCCGGAUAACCAUACAGAGGAUGCUAAAUUAACCACGCAAAUACCAGUGUUACCAUUGGAGAUACAGCAAGAAAUGUCUACAACUGAAAAAAUCGAAAGCACAACUGUAACCGAAGAGAAUCCUCGAAAAGACAAUAAUACAGAACAUGAGAAUAGCGUUCAGGUUAGUAUGGAGGAUACCACGACAGUUCAGGUACCGACAACUCACAUGAUGCCAGUAGAAACCAAAACCACUGCUCAGGUACCAAUAUUGCCAGAAGAACUGCAAACUACUGAAAGCGACGUAUUGUUAACCACCUCCACAACGAAACCAGACGCUGAAGUGAAAGCUAGUGAUUUAGAAAAUGUACGUUCUAAUAAUACGGAAGUUGAACAGAAGGACUCUUCAAAAACUAAUACUGAUGAGAUGAAUAAUAAUUCGACUGAGGAUUUGGUAACUAGUGGUGAUGAAAAAGUGAAUGCUCAGAAUGGCACUGACGAUCUGAUGACCAGUGCAGUGGAACAUGUAGGCAACACAAGUAUUAAUAACACAUUGUUAGAACCAAAUAUUUCAGUACUAAAUAAUACAAGUGAGGAAAAUGUGACUACAGUGAACGUAGAGAAAAAUAUGCAGAAGAAUUUAACAGAUGAUUCAACAGAAUUACAUAAACAGACGUCCGAGAGUUCCAAUAGGACAGAGGAUAUCAGACCAGUUACUGAGAUAUUGGAAGAUGACACAGAGCCUAUAGGAUUCGAUUAUAAAAUACAUUUUAUCACUACUACACCUAAGGCUAUGUUACCUAACUUGGAUGCGGACGAAUUGUCGGAAGAAAACUUACGAGUGAUUCCAUUGGAGAAGAGUUUGGAAGUGAAGAAAAAGUCAGUGGACAAGAAAGUUACUGAUAAGUACAAGUACAAGAAGGAGAAGGAAUUGAACUUGGAAGAGGGCGAGGGUGAAAAUACAUUAACAGAGAUUCCGGAAUCGGCUACGAUAUUUUCUACUGAAAUACCACAAAUAUUUGCUGAAAAGGAAAAAGCUCAAGAAGAGAACCAUACUGCAACUAAUACAGACAUCCACGUAGAAGAAAAUUCUGCACCUGUUCCACAAUUGAAGAUCAUCGAAACGACCAGCGGAUCAAAUCAAAUAAAUGUACAAACGUCCGAAACCUCUUCUAAUGAAAAAGAGAAUCUGAAUGAUAAAACAAGCAUAACAGUCCCAGACAGUUCAAAGAAAUAUCCUAGCUUCAUACCGGUUUCGGAGAAGAUAGAAGAGCCAGAACCGGUUACAGAGCCGUUCGUAGUUUUCCGAAACUUCAAUUUCCAUCGACCAGGUGUAGACUUUACAACAGAAAAUCCAGUAAUCGGUGAACCGUCUAACGAAGGCCAUACAGCUAUAGAACCAGGACAAGUGAUCGAAAUAAAUGGAGAACCGAACCAGACAGGUUCACAGCCUUCGGUGUUUCCUUCGAAUCAAUCGUCGAUAGCGUCGAUUGCACAGGAAGCAAAUCACGUUGCGAAAGAGAGCACUGAUACGACAGUCCCACCGUCCGCGCAAACUAAAUUACCGGAUGCAGUUGUGGAAAGUACUAGCCAUAUUGAUGUUUCUUUCCUCAAUAUCCCUCCAAGUACUGUUUUCUCGAAAUGUACAACUGGCCAGUUCCAAUGUGUCAAUGGAACAUCCAGGGAUGGCGCAUACUGCGUGAAACUAUCAGCGAAAUGCGACUCUGAGAAUGAUUGUUCCGAUGGUUCGGAUGAAUUAAAUUGUAAGGAGGAAGGUUGUCCAGGGAACUUUCAGUGCGCAAGCGGUCAAUGUCUAAAGCGAGACCUGGUGUGCAAUAAAAUUGUCGACUGCGACGAUGGAAGCGAUGAAAAGAAUUGCGAAGAAUGGAAGUGCCAAUUCGAUGAAUUUAGAUGUCCCAGUGGAAGAUGCAUCCCAGGCAUCUGGCAAUGCGAUGGUCGACCAGACUGCGAGGAUCACCGAGAUGAAUACAACUGUGCCGAAAGUUGUGGAAACAACGAGUAUCUUUGCCCAACAGAAAAAUGGUGCAUACCAUUAACGUGGCACUGCAACGGAAUUGAAGAAUGUGCUAAUGGAGAGGACGAAAAAUUAUGCGAUUGCGCUCUUGAUCAGUUCAAGUGUCAAACAGGCGGAUGUGUACCUGAAAAUCAAGUCUGUGAUGGGAUAGAACAUUGUCCUGAUCAUUCUGACGAAUGGAACUGUUUAAUGACAAAUAUGACUAUGGAGAAAAAGUCAUCGGAUGGACAAGAAGAAGAUAACAUCGAGAAUAGUGGUGUUCAAGAAUUUGGUGAAAGUUCUUUAUUAAAAAUAAGACAAUACAACGGCGAAUAUCGUCUUGUGUGCUCCGACGGAUGGAGCGAAGAAUUUAGCAACUCUUACUGCCAAUCUCUAGGAUUCGCUGGUUCUGAGAGCACAGAGCUCCAGACAUGGGAUAAAAUCCAGAAGAUACUCAGACUAAAGUUGAAUCCCAACCAUCGUGCGCCAUUAGUCACAAAUUUGGAACAAGUAGAAUUCUGCAUCUCUGACAAGGUCGUGCAGAUAUCCUGCCAAGAAUUUUCUUGCGGUUCUGACUAUGGCGAGGGACCAACUGCCAGAUUGGUUGGCGGAACACCAGCCAGUGAAGGACAAUGGUCCAGCGUGGCCUUGCUAAAGGAACCUAAACACGGUGCUGCUUGCACGGCAAGCAUACUGGGACCUAUGCAUGUGCUUGCCAGUUAUUCCUGUAUUCACAGAUAUAAGCAAAGUAGUGGGUGGCAACUUUUCACCGGUGAAAACCUAUUAAAAGCACAUCCCGUGAGGAACAUCAUUCCCUACCCGCAAGUGAAAUACAAUCAAUUUUUAUACAACAAUGACAUCGCGUUAGUUGAACUCGAGAAGCCUCUAACUUUCUCAAGGAACGUUAGCGCCGUUUGCCUUCCGAAACAUCCUAUUCAACCGAGACAGAUAUGCGUCAUGGCAGGAUGGGGAUUCUCUGCGAAUGGCGAAGUGGAUUUACAAAAAUAUUUGAACUUCCUACCAUUGCCAACGUUAGACUCUGAGAAGUGCAAUGCAACUAGCCAUUAUGCAGGGUUCAUCACAAAGGACAAUAUAUGUGCUGGAUUCACUGAUACGAAUAAAGGACCUUGCUACAACGACGAAGGAGCACCUCUAAUGUGUGAAACUGGCGGAGGAUCGGUCAGAUGGGAAAUUCAAGGGCUACUGAGUCACCACAGCAGAUGCUCGAGAGGUCAUCCGGCAAUUUACUCUAGCGUGGAGCCAGCAUUAUUUUGGUUACGAAACUCCGUACCCGCUUUGCAAACGCAAAGUUAAAGUGCUAUAAACGUGAUUACGUUCUUUUCACGAGGAUGCGCGAGCAUUAGAUGAAUUUUAAUUUGAUUUAAAACGAAUCGACGACAACGAUACACUGGAACGAACGAACAGUAGAAACGAAAUAAAGAAAUUCAUUGGAAGGGGAACUAUCAGGUUGAAUGUUGAAGUUCCUGUUAAAAUUCACGAGAGAUAAAAGCUAUGUACUUAAUUUAUAUCCGUCUGUAUUUUUCAAACGGUAUGUUCCUAUUUAAAUGCGAAGAACGCGUUCAACAGAUAAUAAUACAAUUGCGGCCAUAAUUGAUUCUGCAUGAGAAAAAGGUGUUCUGAAUCGUGAUCUUUUUUUCUGUCUCUAUAAUACCGAUUAGGUAGUGCAAUAUUCCGUGACGAGUUUUUGCGCUAUAUAUAAGAAAUAAAAAUUAUGACGGAGGUACAUAUAAUUGGCGAUACAUGAUAUUUACAAUUAAGACAUUUGUAAAUACUGUAUAAAGUGACUGUUUAAUAUGCUUAACAUUGUAAGAGAAUUUUUUACAAGUUAGCGAAAUAGGUCUCUUAAGAAUGCUGUUCUAUACAUAUGAAAAGAUGUGGAACGUUUAAUACACUCGUUUACUCUGCUGAAUAAUCAAGGUUUCAUGUAACAACUAUUUCUAAUGGAUUCUUGCUGACAUACACUUUGCAGUUUACUAUGUCAGAGAGAUAUUAACAAAGGUCUAGUGUUACUGAUUAGUGUAAUGUCCAUGCGAAUCAUUUAAAUCCCUUAUUAGAUUCAAAAGAGUAACAGCAAUAUGAAAAUAUUUAUUGGAAAGGAGAGACCAUCAGAUAAAUACACCCAAUUAUUCAAUCAACAGUUUGUCUCAGAGAUCCUAAAGAAGGAUUCCUGAAAUGAACGACGGUAUAGGUUAAGAAAUAGAUAGGGUUAUAUAAAUGUAUAUAAUAUAUAAGUGUUUUAAUAAAAUACAUUGUUACGAAGAGAUACAAUAAUAAAAUAUGUUUAUGUAUGCAUAGUCA